ACGUGGAAAUCUCUUUUUCAAGACUGACCUGGGAAGAGGAGCAGCAGAACAAUUUCGCAACGUUCCACCAAGGUUGUUUCCCAAUCGGAAUAUUUUUAUUGCAACACGGAGUUCCUGCUGUUUUGAUGAGGAAGUCAACAUGUCGAGUUCGUACAGAAGCAGGAUUCAGGAAUUUAACGUGGCCUUAGAAGAGGAGAAGAUUAACUUACAGGCACUUCGUGAACUCUGCUUCAGUGGAAUCCCCUUUGAAGGAGGAAUCCGAGCCUUGUGCUGGAAGAUUCUGUUGAACUAUCUGCCUUUGGAGCAGGCACUAUGGGACUCCUUCUUGAAGAAACAGAGGGAGCUGUACACUCAGUUCCUGAAGGAGAUGAUUAUUCAGCCAGGCAUUGCCAAGGCAAACCUGGGUCUCUCAAGGGAGGAUGUGACCCUGGAGGACCAUCCUCUGAACCCUAACCCGGACAGCAGGUGGAAUAACUACUUCAAGGACAAUGAGGUGUUGCUGCAGAUCGAUAAAGAUGUCAGACGCCUGUACCCCGACAUGGCCUUCUUCCAGAGGCCCACAGAGUACCCCUGCCUGCUCAUCCUGGACCCCCAGAAUGAGUACGAGACACUCCGGCGGCGUGUGGAGCAGACCACCCUGAAAGCUCAGACCGUCGACCGCAACCGCAGUGGAGUGACCAAUGUCAGCUCCCCUGGGAAGGCUCAGAAUCUGUACCCGUCUAACGAGUACGAAGUGCUCCCCAACGGCUGCGAGGCGCACUGGGAAGUGGUGGAGCGCAUCCUUUUCAUCUACGCCAAGCUGAACCCGGGCAUCGCCUACGUGCAGGGCAUGAACGAGAUUGUGGGGCCCAUCUACUACACCUUCGCCACGAAUCCCAACAAUCAGUGGAAAGAACAUGCGGAGGCAGACACCUUCUUCUGCUUCACCAACCUGAUGUCAGAGAACAGGGACAACUUCAUCAAGAGCCUGGAUGACUCUCAGUGUGGGAUCACCUACAAGAUGGAGAGCGUCUUCUCCACGCUCAAAGAGAGGGACAUGGAGCUCUACCUCAAACUGCAAGAGCAGAACAUCAAGCCGCAGUACUUCACCUUUCGCUGGCUCACGCUCCUGCUGUCCCAGGAGUUCCUGCUGCCGGACGUCAUCCGCAUCUGGGACACGCUCUUCUCCGACAAGGACCGCUUCGAUUUCCUCAUCCUGGUGUGCUGCGCCAUGCUGAUUUUGAUCCGGGACCAGCUGCUGGCCGGGGACUUUACGGUGAAUAUGAGGCUGCUGCAGGAUUACCCCAUCUCUGAUGUGCACACUAUCCUGAGGAAGGCCAAGGAGCUGCAGGACGGAGCAUAGCCCUUUCCCUCUCCUUUUCCGCCACUGCAUUCUGGGAAAUCACAAAUUGGCAGCAUGGACAGCAGCUGCAGUGACCCUGUGAACCUGUGAGACGAUACCACACUGCUGUGCAUUGUGGGGGAAAAACUCUGUCCUCAGGUUUCCUCUCAGCAUUGUCAAUGCCCACACCCUGCAGACUGUAUUCUGUUCAAGCCAUUUAUUUUUGCACUGAAGACUUUGAAAACCAAAAGAGAAAUCAACACAGAAAAGAUAAAUGGGUCAGUACUACAGUAGCUACAGAAACAUUCUAAGUAAUAAGUAUAAAACACUCCAUGGCUGGUAUUUCUAGUUAGUUUUUCUUCUUUGUUGUUUUUUUUUCUUUGAUCAGAAUGGGGUAAUUGUUUUUUUAAUUUGAUGCAGUAUUUCUUUUAUAACAAUCUUUAAUCACGAAAUGAAAGAAUACUGCUUUAUUUAUACAUCAGAAGAACAUGUGGGCAUUUGGUGGACACCAACGCUGCCUCCCCAAACCAAAUGACAUAUGAAUUUUCCAGACCAUAUCUUUACCUUAACACCUUUAGUUUAGGGAAGCUGGGGAAAAUCUGCAUUUUCUGGUCCACUUUGACAGUUUGCAGUGUGAAUGCUACCAGUGGGGGGCAGGAUGUACUGAAAGUCAUCUUGGUGUGUUUUACCAAGCAAAAUUAGGGGCCCUCAGAUAUUCAAUUAACCGGCCUGCAAACUGUCCGCCAUUGGUCUUUGCAGGACGGGCUGGACUUUGAGGAUCUUGUUGGCCUUGCGUAAUUCUUUGUUGUCCGUUCUUUUUUGUUUUUGUUUUUUUUUUUUGUAUAUCAAAUCCGUAAUGACCGGAGCAUGUUGUUCUGUUGUCUGAGUGUGUGUGAGGAAAGUGUGGGGGAAAGUGAAUGUCCUAAUCUUCUUUUUUUAUCGUCAGUAACAAAACCGAGGAUGGUUUUGGGGCCUCCCUUGGCUCUUUAAAAUUUCAGCUGUGGGCGUGGCCUACAGUGUCCCACGUGCAGUCUGCUCUAAUCCACUGACCUGUGUACAUAUGUUGGUGCAGUCGUGACUGUUUAAACCGACCUCAGAUCUGCCGGACAGUCUGAGGAGCUACCCACAGCGCGUUUUAUUAAUACGGGCGUUUUACUAACCUCUACCUGUUUGUGCUGUUCACUCUCAUUGGACGUGCAGAAAGGAGCCGAGGGUGCUGCUGUGUUACUGAAGCUGUACCGUCAUGCAACAAGGUGGAUUACACAGGAGAUGUUUUCUUUGGUUCUGGCAUCCCGAGAUAAGCUCUGAGAACUUGAGUUUCACGUGUUCAUAGGAGCAGAAGCGUAUUCACUUUCUCAUCCGUCAAUAUAAAGCCACUUUGCAUGCCAACACGUGGUUGUGCUUCCAACGUGCAAGUUUUUUUUUUAUUGUUAUUUUUUAUAGAUCUAUUUACUUCUUGCAGAAUUUGUGCCUGUGUGUCAAGGGUUGAUUUCACUGUGUAACUAGGGAUUGAUGGAUUUGCCACUAAGAGAAGGUGACACUUUUCAGCCCCAAGCCCAUUGGCAUUAGUCUGUUGGAAACCUAAGGAUCGCUUGUCUGUUUUGAUGUGUAUGCCUCUUGCAGUCAGCAGGUGACCCUGGCAUUGGCUCGAGUGUGAUUGCACAAUAUUAAUAUAUAUAUAUAUAUAUAUAUAUGUUCCUUUCUUAAAUCUACAGUUGCAUUUUCACUAUUCUGGGAGGGAAUAGGAAUCAAAGAGUGAGGGUGGAAAACACAUUAAACUGUUAGGUGAUGUCUUUCAGUACUGCAUAUUAUGUGCCCCUUAGUUACUGAAGUUGAUCGUGCUCUCUGAAGUAUUCCGCCUUUGUCCUUGUUUUAAAUAGAAUUGUACCUUUGUUUUUGGAGCCUUUGAAUAAUGAAGGAAUCGUCGUUGGUCGGUGAUGCAUGUAAAUGUCUUGAGUAUUUGGGUUAGUGCGCCAGAUUUUGUGUCUUGUAACCAUGGAUCUGACUUCUUUGCAAAGCCUUUCACCAUUUAAAGUCUUAUCUGGUCGGUUUUUCUUUUUUUGUGGUCUGUUGGUAAUAUGGUGGUAGAAUAACUUACUAAACUCACCGGGAGACCAAAUGCACAGAGGAGGUAAUCUACAGAAGAAGUUAAUAAGCUAAAACUUAUUUCAUAUCAGCAUAUUUCAGGCCUUUGAGUUUUCUCUAAUGUACUGUUUAGGCAGUGUUCUCAGCUGGUGUGUUCAAGUUAAAACUUAGUUAAAGACUUCUUGUCCUUGGGUGCUCUUUUUGCAGUGGUCAGUUCGUCUCACCGCAGUAAACCCCAUAGCUGGCCGAGUCACGCUGCUUCCCCCUCCUUCUAUCCCACUCUCCUUUUUUAUUUUCCACAUCUUUCUCCAAAAUCUCCCCCCCCCCCCCCUUCCUCCCCUGCUCCCUGUGCCUGGACUGAGCUGGCUGGGGUUGCAGUAACAGUGCAGACGAGGCUGCCUGACGUGGCCGGCCUCAGGCAGGAACACUCCCACGCAGUGCAGCUCUCUGCCUCCGCUCUCCUGGCUCGCCUCAGACCCCCUGCUGUUCCUCAUGCACCCUCUGCUUGCUGAGCCCACAUAGGGUUUGUCUGCACCCAACCCCGGGGUACAGUGGGAGCCGGAACGUCUCCACACCUCACCUCCCUUCCCAAAUCAAACACAUAAUAACACUCGCACACCUCCUCCGGGGGUCAUCCCUUAACGUGCAUACCUCUAUGAUGUCACAUAGCUGCAAUAGCAAGAAGCAAGCAGCAUGUGGCUUUGUCCCUUCGUGUGUGCAUUGCUAUGGGCUACUUCUCAGUUAAAGCUGAAUUAUUUGGAUACUUGCAGAAAGCUAUCGACCAUCAUGGACAACAAUGUUUUGACGUUCAAAGAAGUCCUGAAGCGGCUACAUUAUGUCUGUAAGUGAGAUUAGCACAGCAGUGUCAUCGGAUCCGGUGCAGAUUUUGCCUAUUAGGACAUUGUUUGAACUCUUUUAACAGAAUCUACUAAAACUGUAUGGAUCGUGCCUUUUCGAACUGCGUAUCAGCUGCAUAGCUUGAGCACGGCUAGUUGAUUUUUGGACAGCUAUGUUUGUACUAUUUGCUGUUUUUAAAAUGUUAUUAGUUAUGACAUUGCAUGCAAACAUUUGUUUUUGUUGCUCGGCACCAUUGUAAUAAUAAUGGUUAUGGUGUUUCCUGGAUUGAUGGGUGUCAUGUCAAAACUAUAUAUAUAUAACGUGGCAACAGUUUCCUUUUGUUUAGUUAUGUCUUAGUAAUCACACCCUGAAAUAAAAUACAAUGACAUGAAGGAAAAUUUGUUUCAGAAUUGGUCUCCAUAAUCAUGUUUGUGUUAAUGUGAUCAUUAUUCUAAUUAUGAAUCCCUGUAAGCGUAUUCAUACAUUAUGCAUUUAGAAUACCCAAACUUUGCCUCUGAUUACCAUUUCAAAUACAAGUGUGAGACGUGUACAUGUAUGCCCCUGUUCUCUACACUAUCUCACCAUGUGAUCGUAAUGAUAUGUUUUUUUUAUAUUGAGGGUAACUGGUGGCCUUGUAUCUGGGGGAAAAUGGACAUGGAGUUGGGCUGAGUGGAGUGCAUUGGGUGGGAUAAUGACUGGAUAUUACCUCUAAUUAAAAUUGUGUGUGUGUUUGUGUGGUGUGCGUACGUGUGCGUGCACAUAUGUGUGUGCGCUUGCAUCCAAAGCAGCCAGUUCAGAAAAGUUGUCCUCUCCACCCCAACAAGCGCUGCCAGAAAUGUCUCGGACGUUUCUGAAUGUAUUGCAUUGCGGUCACUUUUGUUACAAAAAAAACGUGCUAAGAUAAGGAGCAGUGGGCAAGGUCAGAGAGAACAUCCAAGCAUCAUUAAAAGCAAACCCGCAGUCUCCUAACUGCCAGGGACAGGGUUCCUGGUUUAACCCUAAGAAAGCAGAGAGUGCAUGUAUUGUGGAGUGACGGUACCUGUUUAUUGGCUGGUUGAUUCUCACUUUUGUGAGAAUACUGUCUUUGCUUUGCGAGUUCAGAAAGGAUCCUCUAAGGAUUUUCACCCAGACUGGCUGCACUCCUUAAGAGCUGUUAAUAAUAUUAUAUGUGAAUGUAUGCUCAAGACAUAAUGCAUUGGUUUCUUAAGAUCUCAUGUAGCCUAAUCUAUUCUAACCAGUUGCACAGAGGUACCGGGCUUCAAGUUGUUGUAUGUGGUAAAGCAUAAGGUUUUUGUAUUACCUGGAUCCUGCGUGAUUAACAUGGAAUCGACUGGUGAUUGUGGUGGUGGUGGCAUAGCCUUGUGUAGGGGGUGGUGAGAGGUUUUUAAUCAGAAAGGUUUUAAUGCAGGGUGUUUUCCGCAAAGUCAAAUGUUGGGGAAAAAAUGCAGAACAAAUUAUUAGGUUGCUGUUAUAGGAGUUCCGCUGCAGUGUUUACAAAUCAGCUCUGUGUAGCAACGUGAAGCUGUAACUUUAAGCUGCUUAGAUGAUGUGUCAUCUGAAUGGACCACAGGAGAACACUCAGGUGUGGAAAAAGGGGUGGAGCCUCACCAGAUGCGGAACAAUUGUUGACGAGACUCAAUGGUGCAGUUAAAAGAAGAAGUGAACAUAUGAAUAUGAAAAAGAUUUCUGUAGGGUUCAGGACAGGUUUUCUUCCUUUUGAAAUAAUGCCAGUCAUUUUUAUUGUUUGAUUGAAUCUCAACUAACAUGUGCAGGUAAAAUGGUGAGUCUGACUUUAAUAAUGAAUCAUGGCAGAGGAGUUCAUUUUUAUGAAUCCUAGAAAGCACUCAAGCAAAAGCACCUGAGCUAAGUAAAACUGAUCAGCAAUGUUAACAUUCUAACACAUACCGUGGUCUUAUGAAAGCAGUUUUACAAAAGUCUCUGUUUUUUGGGAUUGUGUGUGUACGUGUGUGUGCAUACGUGUGCAUUAAUUUGUGUGAGUGUGUGUGCCCAUGUACACAAUCCUGGUUUCUGUUUGUGCAUGUGUAUACAGUUUUAGUUAGGUAGCCAUAGCCUAGUAUCAUAUAAAAUGUUUUUACAGUGUUUGCAAUUACGUAAUAAAUGUCAUGAAAAUAU